UUUUAUAAAAAAUUGGGACAUCGCAUCAAAUUGCUUGUUUUCUCCCGGUAGCAUCUAAUGGAUAGGUACGCUGUUGAAUGAGAUCGACAAUUCCUUUAAUUUUGGAUGGGUAGGCGAUUUCACCUUCCGUCCGAUACAUCAGCACAGGAGAAGGCGUUGAAUGAGGUGGUUGUGGGCAUUGAAUUAUGAUGUCUGCCCAACAAGAGUUCUACGACUCCUGCGCUCCUAUUGGUUCCCUGACCCCUCAAAAAAGGCUAGAAAUUGUAAUGAAUCAACCAGGCAAUAGAUACUGUGCUGAUUGUAACUGUCCAGAUCCAAAAUGGGUAUCAUUAAAUCUAGGCGUAUUUAUUUGUAUCAAGUGUUCUGGAGUUCAUCGAAGUCUUGGAGUUCAUAUCUCUAAGAUCCUCUCAGCGAAGUUGGAUGAUUGGACAGACGAACAGGUUGAUUUUAUAAUUGAGGCGGGUGGUAAUGCCACUGUGAAUAUGAGAUAUGAAGCCUUUUUGCCAGAAAAUAUUAGGAAGCUAAGACCAGAUUCCUCUAUCGAGGAACGAUCUGAUUUUAUCAGGAGAAAAUAUGAGUUUCAACAGUUUUCAAGCUCAAAUGCACAGAAUGAAUAUUCCAUGUCUAGUUGUAAUGCAUGUUUGCAGCACCAUGGUCCAACUAACAGACACCUUGAGGAACAACAAACUGGUAUUCGCCAUGGUCUAGGUCAGGCAUUUCAAAAUAACUGGAGAAAAAAGGAUACUGAACAUAAAUCUAUAAAGAAAAUGAUUGGCAUGGUAGAAUUUGUUGGAUUAAUUAAGGUUGACGUGAUUAGGGGCACCAACUUAGCUAUUCGUGAUGUGGUGAGCAGUGAUCCAUAUGUUAUCCUGAGCUUGGGACACCAGUCAAUGAAAACACGGGUGAUAAAGAGCAACUUGAACCCUAUAUGGAAUGAAAAACUAAUGUUGUCAAUCCCUGACCCUAUCCCACCUUUGAAAUUGCAAGUGUAUGAUAAGGACACUUUCUCGACUGACGAUCACAUGGGGGAGGCUCAGAUUGACAUCCAGCCACUCGUAGCAGCAGCCAAAGCAUAUGAAAACUCAGGCAUCUCAGAAUCUAUGCAGCUCGGAAAAUGGCUAGCUUCGGAAGACAACACUCUGGUAAAAGAUAGUAUAAUAUCCCUUGACCAGGGCAGAGUAAAGCAGGAGAUUACCUUGAAACUUCAAAAUGUCGAGCGUGGUGAGUUGGAGAUCGAACUUGAAUGUGUACCUCUCAGCCAAUAAAUUGGAGAAAACUAGGCAUGCUCUUGUCGCAAAUUCUUCCUUCUUUACUCGAGGGACAUCUGAAGUUGUUAGUUGUAGCAUCACUGUACGUUGUAAAGUGAUUAUAUUGUAAUAUAGCGCUUUUUUAGCUGCACUGUUCUCUUCACU